CAAGGUCACAUAGCAUGGACGACGAACGGUUCGACGGUCUCCUCCUGGGCAUUGCUCAACAGCAGCAGGGCAUUGACGGACUGCUGGCUACUUUCUUUGGCUUCCUCGGGCGGAAGACUGACUUCUUCACCGGUGCGGGUGCUCCUCAUGCUCGCAAGGUCGUCCUCAAGUCCUUCAAGGCUGCUCAUGCUCGCUUUGCUGCCGCUCCCGAGUCGGAUUCGGAUGAUGAGGCUACGCCAGCCACCACCACCACAACAACAACCACUGCCACGACCACCACUACCAGUGCUGCUGCCGCCGAGCCGAUGGCCCGUGGCAUCGAGGAGAUCGCCUCGGAUGAUGACGAUGAGCCCGCGUCGGCGCCGCCGCCGACGUCGGCGGCGGCUGUCACCACAUCGACGUCGGAAGAGAUCGGUGCUGGUGGACGGGUGCUCUCGGGAGUGAUCGAGGAGGAUGAGGACAACGCCGACGAUGUAGGCAAGCUUAUGCCCAACCCGGCCAACGGCGCCAACCUCAAGAACUACUUCUGGGGCCAGUCGCUGCAGGAGGUCGACAUCACCGUCCCGCUCGGCGUCGACUUUAAGGUCCGCUCGCGCGACUGCGCCGUCUCCAUCUCUAAGAACCGCAUCUCGGUCGGCCUCAAGAACGCCACUCCUAUUCUUGCCGGUGAGCUCGAGGACGAUGUCCGCGUCGACGACUGCGUCUGGACCCUGGAAGACUCGUCGACUGUCUGCAUCACCCUCACCAAGUCCAACCAGAUGGCCUGGUGGUCCGCCGUUGUCAAGGGUGAGCCGGCCAUCGCCACAAGGAAGGUCCAGCCCGAGAACUCCAAGCUCUCCGACCUGGAUCCCGAGACCGCCUCCAUGGUUGAGAAGAUGAUGGAGAACCAGAAGCGCAAGGCCCAGGGCAUGCCCAGCAUCGAAGAUGAACAGAAGAUGGCUGCCUUUGAGUCGUUCAAGGCCCAGCAUCCCGAGCUCGACUUUUCACAGGCAAAGAUCCAGUAACAUCCACUCUCCGCCC